CGUUUUGUCGUCUGGUCCGCUCAAUCUUGGAUGUCAAUAUAACCUGUUAGGUAUCGUUCAAAUGGAAUUAUUUAAAUUAAUCACGAUCUAAUACGAAACAUAUAACACAAUAAACCCUCAGGAAAUAUUUGUACCCCAUUAUUCUCCAAUCGUAAGGAGAAUACGCUCAGGUGCUUCCUAUAAUUUUUUAUACACUAUUGUAUACUAUACAGUUGUGUCGGUGACCGGUCUGUUUCGAUAUAACAAUAUAAUGCAAGUGCCGACCAGUAUUGUUGUUCUGAAUCUCUUUGUGAUUGUAUUGAUUUGCGUAAACAGUGUGCAAUGUGAGAAAGAAAAGCCGAGCAAAGACGAAUUGAAGAAUCAGAAGCUUCCGCCCUGUGCAGCUUGCAAAUUAUUCACCAAUAGUUUCAAAAAGGGUUUAGAAAAGACAAGUCGUGGAAAGUUUGAAGGCGGAGAUAGUGCCUGGGAAGAAGAUAAGCUUCGUUCCUACGCGAAAAGCGAGAUACGAUUGGUCGAGAUACAGGAGAAUCUAUGCAAAGACAUUGAGAAUGGAGAGAUACAGUGCCAUACCUUAGCGGAAGAAUUGGAGAAUCUGAUAGAGGAAUGGUGGUUCAAGCACCAAGAUACUUAUUCGGAUAUAUACGACUAUAUUUGUAUAGAAAAGACACAACGUUGCUGUCCUAAGGAUCAUUACGGUCCAAGUUGCAAACCAUGUCCAGGAUAUCCAGAUAGAAUAUGCAACAAUAAUGGCAAAUGCAAAGGAGCCGGUACUAGGAAAGGAAGUGGCGAAUGCCUUUGCGACAGGGGUUACUUAGGAGAUACUUGUUCAGAAUGUGCUUCAGGAUACUAUGAGUCUUACAAGGAUGAAAGGACCUUGCUGUGCUCAGCAUGCCAUGCAGCAUGCGAUGGGCCCUGCAGAGGCGCUGGACCGAAGGAUUGUGAGAAGUGUGCAAGUGGCUGGCAAAUGAUAGAGGACAAAGGCUGCUUUGACAUUGACGAGUGUCUAAAAAGCGACGAGAUCUGUCCUGGGAAUCAGUUUUGUGUUAAUAAAGAGGGAGGACAUUCUUGCUUGGCUUGCGAUAGAGCUUGCAACGGCUGCACCGGCGAUGGUCCAGACAUGUGCGUCGGGUGUGCUGAAGGAUACCAUAAGAAAGAAAAUCUGUGUAUAAACUCGGAUCUGCUCGGCCGUAAGAAACAGGAAAAUCUGGCGCGAUAUCUGACGUACUUCGGUCUCUGCGUGGCGACAUGCAUCAUUCUGCAGCGCAACGUUUACGCGGCAGGCGUUAUCGGUCUGUUGGUUGCGGUGUAUAUAUCCGUUUCGGAAUACAUGAUCGCAAACAGCAAUGUGCAAGAUACCACGGCGAACAUGGACAUUCUAGGACCAGCUUUAAUAGGCGCGUAAUUUUAACGAUUCUCUCCGUGAAGUCAGUUACGAUUUCGUACUGACACAAGGAAUCACCUCCUAUUCAUAUGUAAAAUAGAUCAUAGAAUUAAUCUGUAAUUAAUGUGUCGUUCUGCACGAGUUGCAGAGAAAAUAUGAGAAUUAAUUUAUUAAUAUAAAAGAAACUAUCUUCUAUUGCACCAUUAUUGAAAUUAGAGAUUUUCCGAUGUAUGUUUCUGUUAUUUGCUUUUGUUGUACUAUUAUUAUGAAAUCAUGUGAUUUUUAUUUAGAUACAUCUUUCUUAUCUGCCAAAGUCACUACGGUCGGCUUUUUUCCCAAUGUAUAAUCUCGUCAUGUUGUGUUACAUUAUUGUAAAUAAUCUCUCAGCGCAAGUUAACAAGAAAAUGGGGAUAUAUAGCAGAUUUGUCAUAAAUGCGUUAUAAGGUGUAACAUCUCUGUGUAUGUUAAUUAGACAUUUUUAUACUCUAUAGAAAAAGAUAGACGACUCUCUGAUAUAUAUACUCAUAGUUUCUGAUAGAAACAUUAUAAAAUAAAAAAGAACAGUGUCGAUUUUAACGCAAAGCGGAGAAUGCGAGAACAUCGUUGGCGAUAAACUUCAAACACGAACUUCUAAUUCGCAUGUAUCACAAACUCGCUGUAUAAAUUCUUUCUUAUUCCAUCUUACAGCGUUUCUAUACGCAAAACACCGUGGAAUUUAAUUAAACGGAAGAAUAAAACGACACUCUUGCGAGUAGAAGUUUAUAUUAACGUUCACCAAAGAGUGUGGCAUUACUUAUAUAUACAUUCUGCAUUUGACAUUCAUACACGCUACUUGCGAGUUAUGUAAGCGCAUCGUAUGUGGAACAAGUACCCUUACGCGAUAUGGCAAAUAUAUUAUGCAAAUAAAAGA